AUGGCCGCCGACGUGUUCAUGCGGCCGGCGCGGCUCCUCGGGGCGGCGGGGCCGCUGUCCCCCCGCACCGAGCCCGACGAGGACUCGUCGGACACGGACGACGGCGGGGCCUCGCCGGGCGGGGGGCGGCGGUGCGGGCCGCGCCGGGGGCAGCCCCCGGGCCCGCAGAUCAUCCACUCGGGGCACUUCAUGGUCUCGUCGCCGCACAGCGAACACCCGCCCAAGAAGGGCUACGACUUCGACACGGUCAACGAGCAGACCUGCCAGACCUACCAGUUCGGGGCGGCCCGCGGCGGCGGCGGCGCCGGCGGCCGCCUCAGCAUCGACGCGUCCCUCACGAAGCUGUUCGAGUGCAUGUCCCUGGCCUACAGUGGAAGGUUGGUUUCACCAAAAUGGAAAAAUUUUAAGGGAUUGAAACUUCAGUGGAGAGAUAAAAUCCGUCUCAAUAACGCCAUCUGGAGGGCCUGGUACAUGCAGUACCUGGAGAAGCGCAAGAACCCCGUGUGCCACUUCGUGACUCCGCUGGACGGCUCCGUGGAUGUGGAUGAGCAUCGCCGGCCAGAGGCCAUUGCAACAGAAGGGAAAUACUGGAAACGAAGAAUUGAAAUAGUCAUCAGGGAAUACCACAAGUGGAGAACAUACUUCAAGAAAAGGCUACAGAAACAUAAAGAUGAAGAUCUUUCAAGUUUGGUCAGGGAUGAUGAUGUGGUUCUCUGGCAAAAAAGAAGGUAUGGCAGAGAAACCCCAGUCCCUAUGGAGGAAGGCAGCCUCUUGGAUGCAGACAUGCUCAUGUCCGAGUUCACCGACACACUCUUCUCCACACUGUCUUCACAUCAGCUGGUUUCCUGGCCAAAUUCCAGGGACAUAGGACACUUAGGAAAUGCUGACAUGAUUCAACCAGGGCUUAUUCCUCUCCAGCCAAAUUUUGAUUUUAUGGAUACUUUUGAGCCUUUUCAGGAAUUAUUCACGCCCAGUCGCUCCAAUAAUUAUUUCCCUUCUGUGUCUGCUGUCAGCUCAGCCACAACAGACAGCAGCAGCCACUCCUCCCAGUCUCCUGUCCUGCCGUCGGGGUCGUUGUCCAACACGCUUCCAGCAGGGAACAUCGAUGAUGGACUGAUUGCUUCCUCAGUACCUGCUCCCGUCAUUCCUGACGUUGGCACUGACCAGUGUUCCAGCAUUAGAAGUGGGGGAUCUUUCAUCCAGCCACCGGACUUCUCUCCAGACUCGUCUCUCAGCGGGCCACAAACUUUCAUGCCAGUGUUCCAGCCCCCCCUGCCGCUGCUUCAGCCUGCGACUCCACAGCACCAGUCCCCGCUGCCGGCGGUGCCCCUGAGCCCUGCACCGGCUGCCUUUGCUGCACCAGAAACCCCCAAGUUUGGGCUCUGUGAAUCUACAGUGAUCACACACACAGCUUCUGCCACGCUGACCAACAACGCCCCUGCCACCACCUUCAGCCAGAGCCAGAACGUCGUCCUGGCCACGCAGCAGCCGGGGGCAGGAGUGCCUUGUAACCUGGCUUUCCAGACUACUGUUGUGCAGGGGCAGCCCCGGCCCCAGCUCCAGAACCAACUGACAUUUGCACUCCCCAAAGCUGUUCCUCUGGCCAGUGCUGGGACAAGGCCCAAACAGUCACAAAAAAUAGUGCCUGCUCCAAAGCCUGAAACAGUGUCCUUAUUGGUAAAGAAUGCCUUCAUCACCCCAGCUGCCUUUCAGGGACAGUCCAGAGCUGUGAUUGUAACUCCAGCACCUUUAAAAAGAGAGGGGAUUUUGACGCCAGCCACGUCUCAGUCUAAUGUUGCAAUUGCACCAGCUGGAAUUGUCAGAGCUCCCGGGGUGACGGAGUUCCGUAGUAACAUUCUGGUUGGUCCAGCACAGCGAGCACCAAGUAGUCAACAAAGCCAGUCCACAGUCUCACAUCUCUUCUCUCCUAGUGUAGUCCAGGAUGUGUUGGUGAAAGGAGAGCACAUCCCUAACCACAGUUGCAGUUCACAAGUUCCCUCACCUACACCUAGCCGGGACUGCCAGAAUUCAGGCCAAGCUUCCCCCUGCACCUCUGAGCAGAGCCCCAGCCCUCAGUCUCCUCAGAACAGCUGCUCAGGAAAACCUGCCACUGACCCUACUAUGGCUGCAUUUAAGAAUCGAAGGAUGAAGCAUCUUUCGGAACAGAAACGAAGGUCUAAUAUCAAGAUUGGUUUCAGUGCCCUGAGCAGUUUGGUGUCAGCCAACUCCAAGUCGAUCAGCCAUGCAAUCACACUCCAGAGAGCAGUAGAAUAUAUUGCUAAACUGCAGCAGGAAAGGACCCAGAUGCAAGAGGAAACCAGGCGCCUCCGGGAGGAAAUUGAGGAGCUGAACGCCACGAUCAUUUCCUGUCAACAGCAGCUCCCGGCUACCGGGGUUCCCGUAACGCGGCAAAGGUUUGACCACAUGAGGAGGAUGUUUGAUGAGUAUGUGAGGAGCAGGACCCUGCAGAACUGGAAGUUUUGGAUUUUCAGCAUCAUUAUUAAGCCAUUGUUUGAGUCCUUCAAUGCGAUGGUUUCCACAACAAGCUUUAAGGAUCUGAAUGAAACAGCACUGGCCUGGUUGGAUCAGCACUGUUCUCUUCCUGUCCUGAGGCCAAUGGUGCUGAACACCCUCCGGCACCUCAGCACAACCACGUCGAUCCUGUCGGACCCGUCGUGCCUGCCGGAACAAGCCACGGAGGCCGUGAUCAAGCUGAACAAGAGAGCUGGAGAAACCUAACAACCAAAGACACUGAGGUGCUUGUCCAAGGGGUGGAGAACCUGCCAGCCCCAGCCUGGUGAGGCUCCUGUCAGCCUGUGCACUUUAGAAAGGGUUCUCUCCACCACCCUGAUCGUUCGGGGUGUCCAGCUCUACCUUCAGCCAACGUGCAACCGAUGCAACAUUGUCAGUGAUGCAGCGUUGUCCCAGCAUUCUGAUCCCUCUCCAGUGCUGUGCUGGCUCCAUUCAGUGAGAAAAACACCAAGCUCAGGUAAACUCAGCAGGUUUGAGUCCUGCAGGCAGCAAUAUGUCUCCAUCAAUGCAGCAUUUUCAUCUGUAUGCAACAGAUCUCUAUGAAACACCUUCGAGUACUAAGCUCUCUGAAGUGUAAAUCCUGUACACCAAGGAAUGUGCUCUUCAAGGGGAAAAAUACUUUUGAUUUCAUGAAGCGAAAUGUGCUCUUUAUUUUGUUUUCUGGUGUUCAGUUCCAUUUGUUUUACUUGAAUAGAGAAAAUUCUUAAACAGGAUCACACGAAAAACCAAAGGAGAAGAAAAAUCCGUUAACGGUGUCAACUCAUGGCAAAAAUCCUAGAAUUAAAAUCUCAGGCUGUGUUUUGUGUAUUUUUAUUUUAAUGAGUGUAUCAUUGCAUAUGAUCAGACUUGCUUUAUUUUCUAGUAAAUAAAGUAGCUGAUUUUUAUUCGUUUUCCUGAUAUAGCCAUUGCAAGGGAGUAGCAGACUGUGCAGUAAGUGCAAGAAAGCAGUUCGAGAUUGCAGAAAUUCUCCAAUUAGGAUAAAUUUAUGAAUUUUAUACCAGUUUAAUCAAUGAGCUGUUUUCUUGCACUCUGCACAGUUCAGCUGCCAUCCUCACAAAAUGUGCACAUAUAAAACACAUCCAUAGGUAAAUGUAGUAGCACUUCAGAGACAAGAACUGAGUUUAUAAGGGUAAGAAAUUGGCUUUUUUAUUAUCUCAGAAACUAUAUCAAACCACAUGGACUUGUAGUCAGUUUUUUGCUUCUCUGUCUUUUUUGCUUCUUCUUUUUGUCUUCUACCUGAAAAACCUGAAGGACUUUGCUAAACCUGGUCUGUAUGGGAAGGUUAUGUUCAGCAUGAAUUAUAAAACAUGUAAAAAUAUGUUUAAAACUGAAAAUACUGAAUAACAUUUUUCUGUGACAGUCUCAGCACAGACUGUGCUCUGCUGCAGAUAGACUGAGUCUCGUUACAGCAGGGAUUGUCCAUCCUGAGACAGCACUGGGAUAGUCAUUCCAGCUGAUAGCUCAUAGUCUGGAAUGAUCCUGUGACCCUUGUAAUUCCACUCGUGGCUUGAUUCUGACUCUUCAGAGUUAUGCAAACUGUGGGCAUUUCUUCCCUCCUUCCUCCUCUGAGCAGUUUUCUUCCAAGAUCAGGCUGCUGGAGGUGACCUGCAGCCUGUCCCAGUGCUAAGAUGAGGAGCAGCUGGAACAUUUGGGGAUUGCACACUCUGAAACAGGCUCAGAAGGUUCUACUUGGGGGAUGGAGUUUUUCUCAACGUUGUCCCCACUGUCAUCCACUUGGUGGGCCAAAAUUUAAAAGGAAACAAUAGGCCUGGGGAGUAGGACUAAGCACAGGGCGUGGGUUUGGUUUUAAUUUGUCCUGAGAUUUUGCAGCUAAUGGCUUUCCUUGCAGAGUUCCCUUCUGUGUGAGCAGGAAUGUGCAAGGAGGAGGCAUGAAAGGUGAACCUCAGGGCCCUCUCCGUGAGCAGAGGUACCUUGGGCUGAGGAACUGGGGACUGAAGGCAAAGCUGAGUCCCAACAUGCCUCCCUGUAGCUGUGCAGACAGAUGAGGAGAUGCUUUUUUUUUUCUUUCUUUUUUUUACAGCAAAUCUGACAUAUAAUUUGAAGUUUGUGGCACACGUGAAAACCUGUGUCCCUGUGACAGAACCAACAAAAAUCCAAGCCUCAGCUAAGGAAUGGUUUGAAAUAGUGUAUAAAAGUUGUCGUAGUAAUUAAAUAGUGAGUAGAUUUUCUGGAGGGAUCCAUACCUAGGUCUUUCAUACAUAAUGCUGUAAUUAAUUAAGCAAUACUCUUUGGGAUGCAUCUGGGUAAGAAGUGUUGAAUAGGUAAAUUCUUUUUUAAACCAGUGCUUUAAAUCCUCCCACUUUUAUCACUGGUUGUGAACUUGAUGCCAGUGAAGUCAUUUAACACUGUGAUGAGCUGGGGAGGGUCCCUCAUGUCCUUUCCUCUGUGGGCUAAAAUCUCCCUGAGAUGCACAGAUACCACAUGGGUGUUUGCAUGGCAAAAACACCUCUGGUUUCCUAGCAAGAAAUCAGUGGACACAUUGUCCAAGAACUGGUGUUUUUGCUGAACUUUCAGAGUAAAGCCUCCCCUGCAGUGUCGUCUCCUGCUUGUCAGCAAUGAUCGUGUGUGAUUUUUACCAUUUCUAGUAUCGAUGACGUUGAAGUUCUGUCUCAACAAGCAAAGGGCAGUACAAGAAAUGCUUCAAGGCCCAGGAAAAUCUGGCAGCUUAAAUCCUAACAUCCCAGAUCUCACUGGAUGGGAAGCUGAAAGGGACUUUAAAGGAACAGGAAGGGGUAAUUUGACUGAAUUGCUGAACAUUUUGUCGAUUCACAGUUUUUAUGUGGAUGGAAAAACCAUCAAGCUCAUUGCAUCAUGAGCUGGUUACAAUUGGAGGGAAAGUGCUUAUUUUAUCAAAUGGUGGUGGAGAAACAAGGUCAAAGCACUAUUGAAAAUCUGCAAAUCUUAACACAGUAAAGAGAAAAAAAAUAAAUCAAAGAUUGCUUACUUAGGCAAGAGUGUAGGAGGGAGGGAAGGAAAAGCGAAAAUAUAUUUUCCACGUAGUGCAAUUACCAGAAAUGAUGUGGCUGCUCUUCAAAGCAGUGAUUCAAUAUAUUUUUGUCCCCCUAUUGCUGCAAAUCAGAAUUCUUUUCUUUUAUCAGUCAGCCUUGUGAGGAGAGUGAUUUCACUUCAUUUGGAAACACAGGAGGAAAGAGCUGGUUUAUGGCUCACAUCUGAGCAGUAGAACUACUGAGCAUUGGUAUGAGAAGAGAUGGACCACGUAUGUAUUAGUUCCUGCAUAGUUUUCUACUUUGAACUCCUUAGUCUGUCUUUCUUACCCAUUGAGGAGUUUCAAUAAUAUUUUUUUUUCCAAAGUUUAGUAACACUUUCUCCCCUAACCUAAGGGCUCUGAUUUCCUCAGUGUCACCAAAGCAAGCCAAACACACAGUGCCUAUAUCUGCACAGAAUUACAGGUGAUGCACAUCUGUCUUCAGUGAAUUGGUGCUAAACUGUCAGAGAACCACCAUAGAAUGGAAUGCAAGUCAUAUUCAUUCAAAUCCAACAUCUUUCACUGAGUAAACAAGUGGCUAAAUGAUUUAUUUGUGGCCUGUGAUAUGCACAAAGUCAAACUGGGAUUGUCUAGUGGUUCUUUUCAACCUUGAAUUCUAUUAGGCAGGAUAUUGUAGAUGGCCCCCACCCCAAACACAAGUUCUGGGCAUUAUCUGGAUUAGUUAUUAGCUUGUGUUGUAGAUUUUAGCCUCCUCUUAGCUGGAGGAGUAAGUGGUGAAACUCCAGGAACACACUAGGAUUGAAGAAAUUAAUGAGUAGUAGGAUCACGGACAAGUGCACACUUCAUCAUGACGGUCUGAUCUCUGCACAAAACCAAAGGAUUCUUGAUUACUACCAUUUGAGCUGAUUGGAAUGUUCUUCCAUGCUUUUCUAAACCCCUGGGGAAGGCUUCCUUGAAGGGAGGCUGACCAGAAUGUUUCCAUCUGUGCCUUAGAUCUUGGUGUCGUGGAUGCAUUUGAUUUAUCACAUCGUACGUUGUUCUCCCCGGUACAGUGCUCUGUUGAAAAUUCUGUGAAUGGACAAAGUGGGGCUUCCCUGGCUUUUAAGAGGAUUUUAUCUGUGUCCCUUUCAAACUGAGGUUGUGAGUAAUUGUGUGUCUGUAUGGAAAAAGUUGCACCUUUCCUGCUGAAUUCACCACUCUCCUCUCCCCUGCUCACGAGCGCACACACUCACGUACAGGCUGUCAGACCACAGGCUUGACAGAAACCAGAAAAUAUGCAAGUGCUUAAACCUCCAAAUCUGAAGGGCUUGAAAAAGACAAAGGGCUGUCAAAUUGUACUGAAAAACAUCAUCCCUUUGUAUCUUCAGGGUUUUUUACAUUCCUUUGUGAGAGUGUGUGUGUAUGUGCAGGUGUGGUAGAGGUGACAGGGACAGGGAAAUUUAGUUUUGUUUGCUUUUAAAACCCCAAACUCCUGGAAAACAGUUUGAGAACAGAGAGAGAAGCUCACUGCAAAGACAUUCAGUAAGGUAAUGCUUUUGUAGUGCAAAUUAUAUGAAGGCUGUUUCACUUUGAGUUUCUGGAGUGAAUAAUUCUUGCCUUGAUGUUGCCAACUGGAAGAUGCAGCUGAAAAUAGAAUGGAUUGUUAACUGUUUUCACCUUUUUCCUUCUCUUUUUUGCUUUCUUUUCACCUUUAUUGCAUGGAAAAACACCCACAAAAGGCUGAUGACACCCACUUUAGGUUGCUUUAGGGACUCAGUCAUUCCACUCUUGGAGGACUAUGGACGACUGUUGAUAACUUUUAGGAUUUUUUUUAAUUAGGUGAGACAACAGGAGUUUUUCUAUUACUCCUCUAUUUAUACACUUGAAUUUCAGAGGAAAUCAUUUGGUUUUUUCCUUUUAUAGAGCCCCAGUAUUUCCCACAACAUCAGUUAAGCCUCAAGUUUCCUUUUGUUUCAUUCUUGGUUGAAUUUCCUGCUCAUUUACUGUGUUAGAGCAGAAGAGGUAGUACCAAAUUGUGGCUUUAUCUGUAAAACUUGAGUUCUAAAUAACUUCAGUUACAAAGAAACACAUCUUAGGUAUAUAAUGGAAUUACUUUCUAGCCGUUGUCUGAACUUCUUUUAUAUCUGAACUUUUCCAACAUGAAUGAGGUUUUCAGUCAAAAGACAUCAGUGUUUGGAGCAGACCUUUCAAUUAACAAUACAAUUCAUAAGUUGCUCGUUUUCUUCUAACCUUGUAUUUAAAUGUGUUUUAAGUGGAUGGAAUUCGUUCUUGUUAAAAAGGAAAAAAAAAUGCUUGAAGGUAUGAGGACUUCAGGUUGUGCUCUUGCUUUGCUUAGGUUUCCUGUUCUGUUGCAUGACACAACUUCUGUUGUACUGUUGAUAUGUAGCACUUUUCAGUAGGUCUGUUAAAUUGUGCAAUGCAUUUUUUUUUAUAUUUACAACCAAAACAAUAAAGGAUAUUUUUUGGAAGAAA